CUUCAUUUCUGGGAAGCUCGCAAGAAUGUGAAAGGAGGACCAGGGAUCCUUCUUGGGAUCGAGCUGCUAAUGAUCGAUGCGGAGGGGACUUUGGCUUAGGGGUUCAUCGGUCUGAACCGCUGCAACCAGUAUGAGAAAGAGCUCCAGCGUGGGAGCAUCUACACGCUGACAAACUUCUAUGCAUCCAACAGCAAGGUGAUGUACCAUGAUGCUGAUCAGAGGCUGGUCAUUUGCAUCUCACACGCUUCUGCCCUGUCGAAGGAUGAAGAAGACAAUGAAGGCAUCUUGACAGAGCGGUUCAGGGUCCGUUCCUUCUCAGAAUUUGAAGCCAACUGUGAUCUCAGAGGCGAUCUUCACGAUGUUGUUGGCCACCUUAAGCUGGUUGAUGGUCAGGCUCUCCAUGAGCGUCCUGUUUUGUGCACCAACGAUGACUCAGCUUCUCGGAAAGUGAUGGUCCAUUUGCAGCUUAAAGACGGUCCAGUGAUGAACGUCUAUCUGUGGGACGAGGCCGCUGAAAGUUUCCGAGUCAAGUUUGACGCAAGCGCAGCCACUCCAACUGUUCUAUUGGUCACAACGGUCAAUCCUAAGAGGCUCGGUGGGAAAUUGUGCCUAAAUUCAAUGUCCUCUUCAAGAGUGUUUUUGGAUGAAGAGGUUGACCCCACCAAGGAAUACUUGGCCUGGUUGGCCACGAACCCUUCUGUAACUUCUUCGGUGAACCCUGUUGAGGUGGUCAAAGCUGAGACACUCACAAUAGGUGAGAUUGCCGCCUUCCUCAAGCGUCAGCCUGCUCAGAUUGCCUACUUUGACUGCAUUGCCACCAUUGAUGAUGUCAAGCUUGGCACUGUGUGGUAUUACAUUGCUUGUAAGGAUUUCCAGACCAAGUUAAACCGUGGGCCUACAACAUUGCUUUGUCCAAAAUGCGGGAAUGAAAAUGCUACUGCAGUAGCCAACUAUCGGGUGGAGCUGUCUGUCUAUGAUAAUGAUGAGCAGUGCACGUUCAUGAUUCUCGGAGAUGCUGGGAAAGAUUUCACAGGCAGGAAAGCAACAGAGUUGAUCGACGCUUAUGUUCAGAAAAAUGGGGGAGAAGCGGCUGAGCUUGAUGUUCCACUGCCUCAGUGUUUCGUUGAUACAAUCGGCCAGACCAAGAAAUUCAGGAUCAAGGUGGGUCACUACAACUUCACUUCUACUCGAAUGUCCUUAACAGCUACCAAGAUAGUAUCAGCAUCAGAGUUACCACCAAAGAAUCCCCCACUCAAGACGCUACCAGGAACUGAAGUGGAGAACACAGAGUUGGCUGAGAGUAGUGGUGGUGGCGCUUCAGCUAUUGAAGAGGAGAAGAAACCAAAGCGUACCAAGCGUAGUGGCUAGAUCACAUGCAGAAUGAUCACUCCAUCAGUGGCUGGUACAGACUGCCCAGUCAGGAUGUUUCUAUAAUAACAGUCUACUUAUCUCUCUUUCAGUCGGUUUUUUUUUUUGCUUCUUGCUAAGACAGUUUACUAUUGGAAACACUUUAUGGUUUCGUUUACUUAUUUGAGUUGUUUUGUUUUUAUUUAUAGCUUUGUUAUGAAGUUUAAGAAUGAAUCAGCAUUAUCAUAUUAAACUGGUUUGAUUUUUAUUCCUACACUAUUAAAAUUGUUUGAUCA